UAUUUAAACCACCCUCCUCCCCCCCUCCAUCCUCUCUCACUUUUCGUUUCCCACUCACUUUUUUGUUCGCUUCGUUGUUCAUCCGAUCGCCCAGUCUUCUUUGACACUGUUCACUCCAAUCCACUUAUCCACUCGAAUUCUAUAUCACAAUGGCAAAGACUGCACUCCCUCCAAAGAUAAAGACCCUCUUCACACCCACGACCUUCGUCUGUCUGCUGGCCCUCUCCCUCUGCAGCACCCCGACCUCAACGCACGCCCUCCCCAUCUCCUCAAAACCCUCCGCAGAUCAACCACAAAGGGAAUCCAUCCUCUCAAUAGACACAAAGGGCACGCCCUCCUCUUUGUCAUCAACAGAUUCACCAUCACACUGCACGCCCUUCCGCACCGUCUCCCGCCCCAUCACCAUCCAAGUCGAUCUCAACGCCGUCUCUGAAUCCUCACCGUCCCUCACCCUCCUCAUCGAACGCACAGAACGACACGAACAGUUCCUGCGUCAGCGAGAGCAGCAGGAUCAGGAGGAGCUCGUCCGCCUGCAACAGGAGCAGGACGAGCUCGAGAAGGUCGAGCAGGACCGUGAUCAACUCCUCGAUAACCAAGAGGAGGAGCAGUUGGAUCAGGAUCCAGAGACCGUCAGAAGGCGACAAGAAGAGUCUCUGGGUCUUUGGAUGACCGACGCAGAGUUCGAGGCUCUGAGCCAAGAAGCCAAUGCCGAUAACAACAACGAUGUCCAUGACGGCAAUGAGGAGAGCAUUCUGCUCAACAAGGGCAGUCGCUUCGACUUGUACGCGGAGGACUUUAAGGAGGUCACGACCCCUGACCGUAUCCGCCCCAAGAAGCAGCGUCUGGAGCGACAGCUGGCCCCGACCGAGGAGGAGAUGCUCCAAUGGCCCAUCAUCAACCUGAGCGAGUUCGAGGACCGACAAGACGAGGUCCAGGACGAGUACGAUGAGCAGGCCUAAGAUGUAACACUUUACCAUGGCUCCUUCCUUGUAACAACAGCUUUCCCCUUGUUUAUUCAUGCGUCCGUCUGUUAUUUGUGCCCUGCCGCUUCCUGUAUAUCAUCGUAUUUCACAUCUACCUGCCGCUCUAUGACCGCAUGCGCAUGUCCUAUCAUUCCUUUGCUCUUUCUGUAGGAGUGAAGGAGUGGUGGUUGCUCUUAGUUGGACACUCCAUUGGUUCACAUAGAUAUACCUCAGUCAUUCCCCACAAUUUUUUUCCGCUCUGGUCGCUUGAUUGCUUCGUUUGCUGCUUUCCUCCUUUUUGUAGUUUUCUUGCACAUUGUACAUAUAAUAAAUCCAUCGCGAACAGCUG